AUGUGGGCAGCGGCCCCUCUCCUGCUGCUGCUCCUGCUGCUGCUGGCGCGGCUGUGCCGGCGCGGGGCGGCGCGGCUGGAGCCGGCCGGCCGGGCCGUGCUCAUCACGGGCUGUGACAGCGGCUUCGGGCACCUGCUGGCGCUCCGCCUGCACCGCCUGGGCUUCACCGUGUUCGCCGGCUGCCUGUGCCCCGGCGGGGACGGGGCGCGGCGGCUGCAGCGGGAGGCGGGCGGCGCCGGCCGGCUGCGCGUCCUGCGGCUCGAUGUGACCCGCGCCCGCGACGUGCGCGCCGCCAGGGAGCUGGUGCUCAGCCACCUGCCCGAGCGAGGUUUCUGGGGCCUUGUCAACAAUGCAGGAAUAUCAACAUUUGGUGAGACAGGGUGGCUGCCUAUGGAGACAUAUGAAAAAUUUGCAGAUGUGAAUAUCCUUGGGAGCAUCAGGACAACCCUGGCAUUUCUUCCCCUUCUAAGGAAAUACAAGGGACGUAUUGUUUUCAUGUCCAGCGUCGUUGCCUAUUUUACUCUGGGAAAUGGCAUUUAUUCUAUGACCAAGGCAGCUAUUGAAAAAUUUUGUGAUGCUUUAAGACUGGAAAUGAAAAAGUUUGGUGUCCAGGUCUGUAUUAUCCAGCCAGGAAAUUAUGCACGCUCUACAAAAAUUCAGCCACCGCUCAGUGCCGAAGAGAUCUGGAGUGAACUGAGUGAAGAGGAAAAGGCUGUUUACAACAAGGAGUACGUUCAAGAGCGGGCAAACUUUUUCAACAGCAUCCUCAGUGAGGGAAGCACUAAUGGCAAUGAGGUUGUGGAUGCUAUGGUGGAUGCUCUGACAUCUCCUGCACCCAAGGCACGUUACAUGGUGGCGAAGCUGAAGGAGAAGGUCCUGGUGUUUGUGUGUGCUUUGUUCCCGACUGUUGUGAUGGAUUCUGUUCUGUCUUAUGCUCUGAGCAAAGUAAAACUUGCAUAGCCUACAGUGGUGCUAUCACUGACUCAGGUGAGGCAGUUUAUAAAAUGUGAGAGUCAGAGCUGAAUUGAAUGCCCCUGUGUGUCAGUACAGUGACACCGAUUAACUAGUGCAAACUCUGGAGUCUCCCUAGUCAGAACUGUCACUGAUUGCUGGGGAAAAACAUACAGGACCCUGUGUAAAAUUAAAUCAUUUGUUUAAGUAACUUUAUCUCUUCCCUGUGGAAAAACCCCAUCCACUUACGCUGCUUUAGUUAUUGCCUGGAAAAUUUAAUACAUCUUUUUCUAAAGCAAUAGCAGGUUGUG